AUGUCUGUUGAAACCCAUCCCACUGAUCCCUCGGAUAGGGAGACGGCAGAGGAAGGCGUGGAACAAACCCUGGAAAAGAAGGUGCGAAAAUCAAUUGAGAUAGGAUCACCAAGGAUGAGCCGGCCUCAACAGAAAGUGAAACCGAAGUUGGUUACCCCGAGCCCUGACCUUGACCCGGGGAAAGUGAGAAAGCAGAGAGCGGAGGCUAUCUGUCAUGUCCUUCCCGGUUCUGUAAUAAGGCGACGCCAGCGGCAUUCGUAA